AUCUGUCUCUGUCUCUGUCUCUAGAAAAUACAUCUUUCUCUCUCUAUAUAUCUUGCAUAGGUAUAUACUUUCUUUGUCUGGAAGUUUAUUUGUACCCAAUUUUCAUGUAAUAAACCCUAAGCUUCUACUAGUGCUGGUGAUUCUAAAUCAAUUUUGACUAGUGGAGGUGACCUUUGUAGUUGAGGCUUUACUUUUGGGUAAUUUCAAGUGCCAUUAGGAAUAAAGAGAUUUUCUUGUUUCAAAAUAAGAUUAUUGGAGGUCAAGGUCUCAUGAGAAUUUUUAGGGGAAUGCAGAAAUUAGUUCGCGAGUAUAAGACAAAAGUGAGCUGCUGGGACAAAUCGUUCAGCCAAGGUAUUGGUGUGACCGCCCCAAAGGCCAGGAAGCGUGACAAAUUCAAAGCAGGGGCUGUAUUUCUCUAACUUCGGGUGAAGGAAAACUUUUCUGUUUCAUAAAAUGACUCGGAUACUGGUUCAGCGCGGUUCUACUGGAGCUUCAUCGUCUUCAUCCUCAAAUCAGAACAGGUCAUCAACUUCGCUCCCUGGUCCGUCUUCUUCUCCAGCUCCAACUCAGCAACAGACAUCUAGUAGUAGUCAGGUAUUAUCAGCUUUGAAAGAUGAUGAAUUCGUGGAAGAAAUAGAAGAACAGGUUGCUUUAGAGGAGUCCUCCGUUGGUUCUUCAAACUAUAAAGGCGUUGAUGAUGAAUCGUUGGAAAGUUUGGGCAGCGAACAAAGCACCAACGAGGAAAAGAUUGCUGACAAUGAGAAGAGAGAUUUUGAUAGUGAGGGCUUGACAAAGGAAUUUGAUGGUUUAAGAGUCGUCGAAGAGGAAAAUGAGGGAAGUUCAGUUCAGGGGGUUACACGUAGUUCAUGUCCACCUCCACCUCCACCUCCGGUCCCACCUCCAAAACCUGCUUCCCUAAACUCAAGUCCUAGAAGAAUUUUAACAGGUAGUUCACAUGCUAGCCGGUUAGGAUCAUCUAGGGGAACCGCUGGGCGAUCUACUGUCUCAACUAGGACUUCACCUGCUGGAUCCAGGCCAUCCUCUCCACGAUCGCACUGUGAAGCGGAAGGUUAUAAUAGUGAUGAUGAGCAGAACCCUAACUUUGGAUCCUCGUAUGAUGAUGUGAGAGAGCGCCAGUUUGAAAUGGAUUUAAGACGAGCCAAAGGCUUAGAAGUUAAGAGAAUGUUGGAAGAUGGGAAUUGCCUUUUCCGUGCUGUUGCUGACCAAGUAUAUGGUGAUUCUGAAAAUUAUGAUUUGGUCAGGCAGAUGUGCAUUGACUACAUGGAGCGGGAAAGAGACCACUUCUCUCAGUUUAUUACUGAAGGUUUCACUUCCUACUGCAAGAGAAAAAGGAGAGACAAGGUUUAUGGCAACAAUGUGGAGAUUCAAGCUUUAUGUGAAAUGUAUAAUCGCCCUAUUCAUAUAUAUUCUUAUAGUGCAGAGCCACUCAAUACAUUCCAUGGAAGUUAUAAUACAGACAGCCCUCCUGUUCGACUCAGUUAUCAUCGUGGAAAUCAUUACAACUCCCUUGUUGAUCCACGUCGAUUAACAAUUGGUGCUGGCCUUGGAUUUAGCAGUCUACAAGGGAGGAACGUUGAUAAGGAUCAGGUCAAAGCAGCAAUAAAAGCUCAACAAGAUCAGCAAAUUGAUAAUGCACUUCUGGCAGAAGGACGCUUUUAUUCAGAUCUUGAGCUCACUGAAAAGGAGAUUGAACGCAUGGUAAUGGAAUCUUCUAGGGCUGAGUAUGUUGCCAAUGACAAGUUCAGACAGCAGCUUGGUUGUCGAGAAUCUUCCACUUCUAGUGCUGAACCAUCAUCAUCGGGAGCUAGGUCAUCAGGAAGUGACACACGACAAGAAAGCAAUCAAGAAGUCCUUAACGACUGCAUCCAGAUUAUGCUCUCGAUGGGAUUUAGCUACGCACGAGUAAUAGAGGCUUAUAGCAUAUUCGGGGAUGAUGUUGAUUCCAUGGUAUGUUAUCUCAUCGAAACCAGCAAUAGCAGCAGACGUAAAGGGAAAGCAACUGAAUGAGGAAAACCAAGAAAGACUUGCAAUGAGAUAGUAGUUUCUUGUUUCUCUCUAUCACUAUGAUAAUAACUUUAGCUUUGUCUCUGGAACCAUGAACGUAUUAUUCAGUCUUAAAUCUACCAUCUGUGUGUUUCGGGCUAAAAAUAGAGCUUGAUUUACUAAAUUUGCUGUUGUUGAAUGCUUGCAAUUCUGAAUAAUCUCUGCUUAGCAGUGUUUUACAGAGAA